AAUUAAUGACUUUCAUCUCUUCAGGUUUUCAUUGGACUAGCUGCCUCCCCAUCCUCAAUACAGAGUAGUUAGUUUUCAGCCCGGGUGAGGGAUAAGACUGGAUUGAGGCAUGGAGGAAUCAAAAAGCCCCCUAAAAUUAGUUAAGCCCUCUCGCAAUGAGGCCAGGGGAGCCACAGCGCCAUCCUCCACCAGCUCCAAGCCCCUGAAAGAGGCUCCAGUGACACCAAGAGAGGGGCCUAGCCCCAAGCCUGCCACUGCCUGCCGGAGCAAGGAGAACAUCACCACAGCCAGGGAGGACCAUAAGGACCAAGGCAGUAACCGUGGGACAGAAAGAGCCUCCACAGCCAGCCCUCAGGACCCAGGGAUGGGGAAGCCUCGCAGGCUGACUGGGAGGACCAGCUCUGGGGAGAGGGGGAAGGUGGGACUGGGAGGCCAGCAGCAGGCUGGGCAGGGGGGUGACGCUAGGCCCAUGCUGGCUACAGGCAGGAGCCCAGCUGGUAGAGGGAGAGACACAGGAGCAGGUACGGUGGCCACCUCAUCUGAGGAAGUCCUUACUGCACAGACCAAGAUCCCCAAGAUGGGGCCAUUGAAGGAUGGCUGCUACAAUAUGUCUAUGUUAGAGACCUCUUGCUGUUUUUUUGUCAUAUAAACUCUUCUUCUUGGUCAAAACAUUUGUUUCCUACAUGCUGACUAUAUCUAAGUGAAGAGUUGGUCUGUCUGUGUGUUUGCAGGCGAGAAGGCCGGUGCUGUGGUGGAGACAGGGCAGCCUUUUGUGGAGGUCAACGUGGUGGGGUCAGGGGUCAAUGAUGAGGGUCAGGGGAGGAACAUGACCUCUGAGCAGAAGCUGGGUCUCAGACAGGCUGAGGAUCGCCUCUACAGAGACUACAUACACAGACUGGUCAAGGUGAGGCGAUAAAAUAACUUACGUUUGUUUAUCAGUUGUCUGUAUGUACAGUGCCUUCAGAAAGUAUUCACACCCCUUAACUUUUUCCACAUUUUGUUACAAAUUGGGAUUGAAAUGGAUUGAAUUGCCUUUUUUUUUGUCAACGAUAUACACAAAAUACUCUGUCAAAGUGGAAGAAAUAUUCAAAUAUUUUUUUAAAGAUAAAUAAAACGCUAAUAUAUCUUCAUUAGAUAAGUAUUCAACCCCCUGAGUCAAUACAUGUUACAAUCACCUUUGGCAGCGAUUUAAAGCUGUGAGUUUUUUUGGGUAAGUCUCUAAGAGCUUCACAGACCUGGGUUGUUUAAACUCUUCAAUCUCUGUCAAGUUGGUUGUUGAUCAUUGCUAGACAGCCAUUUAAGUCUUGCAAUAGAUUUUCAAGCAGAUUUCAUUCAAAACUGUAACUAGGCCACUCAUGAACAUUCAAUGUCGUCUUUGUAAGCUAAGCAACUCCAGUAUAUUUGGCCUUGAGUUUUCGGUUAUUGUCCUGCUGAAAGGUGAAUUUGUCUCCUAGUUCCUGUUGGAAAGCAGACUGAACAAGGUUUUCCUCUAGGAUUUUGCCUGUGCUUAACUCUAUUCCAUUUAUUUGUAUUCUAAAAAAAACUCUGUAGUCCUUGCAGAUGACAAGCUUAUCCAUAACAUGAUGUAGCCACCACAAUGCUUGAAAAUAUGAAGAGUGGUACUCAGUGAUGUGUUGGAUUUGCCCCGAACAUAAUGCUUUGUAUUCAGGACAAAAAGUUCAUUUAUUUUGGCAUUUUUUUGUGCAGUAUUACUUUAGUGCCAUGCAGACUUCCUUAUUUUCUCUCUGUCAGUAUUGUGGAGUAACUACAAUGUUGUUGACCCAUCCUCAGCUUUCUCCUAAAAUCACCAUUGUCCUCAUGGUAAAGUCCCUGAACGGUUUCCUUCCUCUCCGGCAACUGAGUUAGGAAGGACGCCUGUAUCUUUGUAGUGACUGGGUUUAUUCAUACGCCAUCCAAAGCGUAAUUAAUAACUUCAACAUGGUCAAAGGGAUAUUCUGUGUCUGAUUUUUUUUAUAUGUAUCCUUCUACCAAUAGGUGCCCUUCUUUGCGAGGCAUUGGAAAACCUCCUGGGUUUUUGUGGUUAAAUCUGUGCUUGAAAUUCACUACUUGACUGAGGGACUUUUCAGAUAAUUGUACGUGUGGGGUACAUUUGAAAAUCACGUUAACCACUAUUGCACACAGUCCAUGCAACUCAUGUGACUUGUUAAACAAAAUGUUGCUCCUGAAUGUAUUUAUGCUUGCCAUAACAAAGCGGUUGAAUACUUAUUCAGUCAAGACAUUUCAGCUUUGAAUUGUUGUAUUAAUUUGUAAACAGUUCUUAAAAGAAAAUCCACUUUGACAUUGUGGGGUAUUGUGUGUAGAUCAGUGGCACAAGAUCUACAUUUAGUCUAUUUUAACGCAACAAAAUGUGGAAAAAGUCAAGGUGUGAAUGCUUCCUGAAGGCACUGCAUUGUCUGUAUCAGUUGACUGGAAUUUAUGGACACAAUUUCACAUUUUAAGGCAACUUCUUAGGCCAGAUGUUUUAUCAACUUGUUGUUUGUUGCUGAGAACCCUCCACCAGGCAAAAUAAUAACAAUGUUAAUAGUCAACAGUUCAACACAUUGCUGUGGGGUGGAGGGGGUGUGCAAACAAGUUGUAAAAUGUCUGUCAUUUGCAUGUGUACAGUGAGGGGCAGGGCACGAUCAGCGACUGGUCUCUCACAUGUAAUUGGUUUCACUCAUUUCUCUCUGUCUCUACAGCCGUCUCCAGAGUACCCUAACUUCCAGUACCUAUGCAAGCUGUGUUCAAUACACAUAGAGAACGUACAGGGGGCACACAAACACAUCAAGGAAAAGAGACACAAGAAGAACAUCAUGGUGAGAGAAAAAGUUAGCAACUUUUAUUUAUUUUGUCAUAAUUGUCAUGUUCUCCAACAACAACUGAUGUGUACUGUAACUUGAAAGGGAAUCCAUCUUUGUUAUUUUAGAAGUGGAAAUGGUUAAUUAAGGUGGACCUUAUUGGUGUGUGUAUCUGUAUACAUUCUUCCUAUUUUGCUGCUUCCUAAGCCUACGUCGGCCAUUUUGUAUCUCCCCCAAACUCCAAAUUCUGUCCACAUUCUCUCCAGUGGAUUAGACAGGGCCGUUAGAGGGGAUCUGGAUUCACCCUGCCUUUGUCCCUCUCCCCUGUGCUGUGUUCAGGAGAAGCAGGAGGAGAAUGAGCUGCGUGCACUGCCUGCCCCCUCCCCAGCCCAGCUCAGAGCCGUGGAUGCAGCCGUCCUUCAGGUCGCCCAACAACACGGCAUCUCUGACCAGGACUUCCUGCUGCGACAGGAAGUGGUCACCAGGAUGGAGAUCAUCAUCCAGCAGCACCUCUCAGGUAACCAAGUAUUCCUAUCCUCUUGUCUCCUUCCUGUCAUCUAGACUGUUGAUCUGCCAUGUCUGGAUGGUUGAAAUCAGUAUCUUAUUGUAAGUAUAGGCUGAGUGGCAAAGGUUCCCAGGUUGGCAAUAAACAAAUAAAAUGCAAUAGUAGUGAAAUGGUAUGAAUAGAACCCUGUUUAAUGAAUGGAAUGAAUAGAACCCUGUUUAAUGAAUGGAAUGAAUAGAAUCCUGUUUAAUGAAUGGAAUGAAUAGAAUCCUGUUUAAUGAAUGGAAUGAAUAGAAUCCUGUUUAAUGAAUGGAAUGAAUAGAAUCCUGUUUAAUGAAUGGAAUGAAUAGAAUCCUGUUUUAAUGAAUAGAAUCCUGUUUUAAUGAAUGGAAUGAAUAGAACCCUGUUUAAUGAAUGGCUUUUGUUGGUGUUUCUUUUCCAGUUUGCUCCCUCCGCCUCUACGGCUCCUGUCUCACCCGAUUUGCCUUCAAGACAAGUGACAUCAAUAUUGACGUCACCUACCCCUCCACUGUAAGUCUUGUCUGUUUCCUAACAACCCACUAAUGCAAGUUAUAUACACACAGUGUCCAGUUUUAGGUACACCACCCCGUUCACGUAAAUGGUUAGCUCCUACAGACAGUGAGUCACAGGGCCGUGGCUUGCUAUAUAAAGCAGGCAGACUGGCAUCAAGUUACUGUUCGAUUGAACGUUAGUGGGCAAAACAAGUGACCUAAGCGACCUUUGAAUGUGAGAUGGUCGUCAGUGUCAGGUGCGCUGGUUCCAGUAUCUCAGAAAUGUCCGCCCUCCUGGGCUUUUCACGCACAGCAGUGUCUAGGGUUUACUGAUAAUGGUGCGACAAACAAACAACAUCCAGUCAGCGGCAGUCCUGUGGGUGAAAAAAGCUUGUUGAUGAGAUGUCAAAGGAGAAUCGUGCAAAGUAACAGGCGGGCCACAAACAGGCAAAUAACGGCGCAGUACAACAGUGGUGUGCAGAACGGCAUCUCGGAACGCACAACUCGUCGGUCCUUGUCAGGGAUGGGCUAUUGCAGCAGACAAACACACCGGGUUCCACUCCUAUCGGCUAAAAACAAGAAGAAGCAGCUCCAGAGGGCAUGCCAUCACCAGCACUGGACAAUUGAGUGGAGAAACAUUGCCUGGUCCGACUAAUCCCGGUUCCUGUUGCGUCAUGCUGAUGGCAGUCAGGAUUUGGUGUAAGCAGCAUGAGUCCAUGGCCCCAUCCUGUCUGGUGUCAAUGGUACAGGCUGGUGGCGGUGCUGUAACGGUGUGGGGAAUGUUUUCCUGACACACGUUAGGUCCCUUGAUACCAAUUGAGCAAUGUUUCAAUGGCCCAAAGAAUUCAGGCUGUUCUGGAAGCAAAGGGCGGUCCGACCCGGUACUAGAUGGGUGUACCUAAUAUACUGGACACUGAGUGUAAAUGCAAAGUGGGUGCAAAUCAAAUUAUUGUUAGAUCAGUGGUAAUCAACGUAGGCAAACAGGAAGGAGGCCUUGGUUUGCAUCAUCACCUUAUUGUCAGUCUGUAUCAGAUGAUCUCUGAUCGCUUUCACCUUGAUUGUCUUGGAUAGGAUUUAACUGAUUGGGUAUGUUUAUCAGUUGGAGGGAUCCAAGAACCUGUGAAUGAUUGGACUCCUAAACAGGACACUAAAACAGGACUCAAAUCAACAGUGGACUGAAUAUGAUGUGCCUCCACUUCUGCUAGCUCUUUGGGGUCUAGGCUGGGGUCACUGUAAAAGCACUUUGACUGCUGCUGAUGUAUAAACGGCUUUAUGAAGACAUUUGAUUGAAUUUAAUAUGAUAAAUGUUGAUGCCUUGACUCUUACUAGUAAAUGUCAUGUUGUUUUUGUCUCCAGAUGACCCAACCAGAUGUGCUGAUACAAGUACUGGAAAUCCUGAAGAACAGCGGUGAGUGUUAAACAGCCCUACACACACACACACACACACAGUGUAGAGAGAGACUGUAAAUUCAGCAUAAGAAGGAUUGUGUUGUGGCACUAGACAGUCAGUGAGCUCUUGAUUCCAGGCCAGGGCCGAGCUGUACUGAGUUCUGUGUUAAAAUGGAGAGCCCAUAUUAACCUCCUUCAAUGAAGAAUGUUGGUAUGAGAAAAUACAAUUACCGUAAUAGAAAUCCGAACUAAUCCACAGUAGUUUUAAUACAACCCCCUUGGUAAAUUUGAUUUAAACAAUAUUUUUCAGGAGUUAAACUAUGUGAAUUGGGGAGGCAGCCAGGAGAUAAUUUUGUUGGGUUUGGGAGCAGUCAAAGAAUGUUGACCUUUUGUUUUUCCAGCUCAAUUUUCUGAGGUGGAGUCUGACUUUCACGCCAAAGUUCCGGUAGUGUUUUGCAGAGAUGUCAACAGGUCAGUGGAAGGUCAAUUCUAUUGCUUUCUAUGUGCUCUACUGUUAUCCUUUUACAACCUACUACUUUUUUAAAUAUCCUCUGACUUAGUGGUUCCUGGGUGUUUUAUUUAUUUAUUCCUGGGCACAGCAUAGCAAAACAUUUGGCAACAAAAUAAAAAUGAUAGUUUCUUAUUAGACAAGUUCAGGUAGCCCCUCUCUGCUUCAGUCUGUUUUCUUCCGUUUGGUGCCUAAUGAAUACAACCCUGAUCAGUGUUGUUGUAUCUCUCCACAGUGGGUUGAUGUGCAAAGUGAGUGCAGGUAAUGACGUGGCCUGUCUCACCACCAACCACCUGGCUGCCCUAGCUAGACUGGAACCCAGACUGGUGCCUCUGGUCCUGGCCUUCCGCCUCUGGGCUAAGGUAAGGCUGGUCUGGGUAAAAUUGUAUUUUAUGGAUAACAGCGUAUUAUAUAAAUUGCAUCUGUCUAGUUGACGCUAGUGCUUUUAGUGGUAAUAGCAAAUGUAACUAAAUGUUUUGGCCUUUGCUGACUAAACCUAAACCUGUCCAUACCAAUGUUUUUUUCAGCAUUUGUGAGUAGAGUAAAAUGUGUGUGGAUUUCAUUGUAAAUGAUAUGGUUGCUUAGCAUAUUGUAGCUUUAGUGGUUUUGAUGACGCCAACAGCCCCUGACCAGAGAGAAUGUGUUCUUAAUGAUGUUACCAGAUUUAAAUAAAGACUAUAUUGUGUGUGUGUCCCUCUAGUUGUGCCAUAUUGACUGCCAGGCAGAAGGGGGCAUCCCAUCCUACUCCUUCUCCCUCAUGGUCAUCUUCUUCCUCCAACAACGCAGGGAGCCCAUCCUUCCUGUCUACUUCGGCUACUGGGUAGGUGACACCACAGAAAGGUUGAUAUUUUAUUAAACUAGUCCCCACUAUCGCUGCACACAUUUGUAUUGAGUCAUUUUCUUUCAGGUCAUAAUAUUUUGCUCGCUUUUGUUGAAGAUGUUUUUACUGUGCUUGUUGCCAUUGUUGUUAAUGCUGUUUAUAACUUUGUUUGUAUGUGGUUGAUUUCAGAUCGAAGGCUUUGAUGUGAAGGCUGUGGAUGAGUACCAUCUGACGGGGAUAGAGAUGGAUAUAUUUGUUGGGUGGGAGCACCGACCCCCCAGUACAGAGGGAGGGGGGGGCGGCAGGGGAGAGAACGGAGGGAAGGCCAAGCCUGAGCAGAAGAAACCUGCUGUGAAGAACCAGCAUGCAGAGGGAAUGGUGAGUACUCUUGACAAGGCUUUUUUUCUAGUUCAAAUAAACUUUUUACAUUCUAUAACUGAUUUGACUGUGCAUUGUAAUAUGUUUUCUAGUCUGCAGUGCUAAAAGCAGAGUUCUUUAAAGGACUUCUGCGUGUAUCCUCUUUUCUCAGAAGUGUUACAAAGCAUUGUAUUGGUGUGCUAGCUAGAAGGAUUACUCACCAUAUUUCUUACACCAGUCCAUUUCCUUUUAUAUCCAUGCCACCUAUGGCGUUCAAGGUUCAGAGUGCCUCUGUUCUUCUUCUUUGUGGCUAAUGUCCAUGUAGCCUUAUGAACUAAGCCUAUGUCCCAUCUGACUCUAUGUUCUCGCUCUGUUCCCUCUCAGACGCGCCUGGCCCUGGACCUGGGUAAGGGGGUGUCCCUGGGCCAGCUGUGGCUGGAGCUGCUUCGGUUCUACACUCUGGAGUUCGCCCUGGAGGAACGCAUCAUCAGCAUCCGUUUCAAAGAGCUCCUCUCCAGAGAGAUGAAGAACUGGCCCCGACGAAGGCUGGCCAUCGAGGGUAAGACUGAGGGAGAGAGACCACUAAACAGACAGGCUGGCCAUCGAGGGUAAGCGGGAGAGAGACCACUAAACAGACAGGCUGGCCAUCGAGGGUAAGCGGGAGAUAGACCACUAAACAGACAGGCUGGCCAUCGAGGGUAAGCGGGAGAGAGACCACUAAACAGACAGGCUGGCCAUCGAGGGUAAGCGGGAGAGAGACCACUAAACAGACAGGCUGGCCAUCGAGGGUAAGCGGGAGAGAGACCACUAAACAGACAGGCUGGCCAUCGAGGGUAAGCGGGAGAGAGACCACUAAACAGACAGGCUGGCCAUCGAGGGUAAGCGGGAGAGAGACCACUAAACAGACAGGCUGGCCAUCGAGGGUAAGCGGGAGAGAGACCACUAAACAGACAGGCUGGCCAUCGAGGGUAAGCGGGAGAGAGACCACUAAACAGACAGGCUGGCCAUCAAGGGUAAGUGAGAGGGAGAGAGACCACUAAACAGACAGGCUGGCCAUCGAGGGUAAGCGGGAGAGAGACCACUAAACAGACAGGCUGGCCAUCGAGGGUAAGCGGGAGAGAGACCACUAAACAGACAGGCUGGCCAUCGAGGGUAAGCGGGAGAGAGACCACUAAACAGACAGGCUGGCCAUCGAGGGUAAGCGGGAGAGAGACCACUAAACAGACAGGCUGGCCAUCGAGGGUAAGCGGGAGAGAGACCACUAAACAGACAGGCUGGCCAUCGAGGGUAAGCGGGAGAGAGACCACUAAACAGACAGGCUGGCCAUCGAGGGUAAGUGAGAGGGAGAGAGACCACUAAACAGACAGGCUGGCCAUCGAGGGUAAGUGAGAGGGAGAGAGACCACUAAACAGGGUAUUCAGAGAUGAAACAUUCAGAAUGUUGCAGAUAGAAAUGUAAUGAAUAGAGCUGACAUGAUCCCCCAUAGAAAUAAGAAUGAAUAGAACGGGCGUCCCCAUUCAAGUCAAUGAUGGCAUAAUAGGUGGACCAUCGAGCAUUGUGAGUGUACCCAUCAAUUUGUGCUGUGAUUUGUUGAUUCAACUCAAAUGUCAUUACAAAAAAAGACAGCAUUGCAUGAGCCACAGCAGUUAACAUAAUUUGAAUUAACAUUCUACAUUACUAUGGAAAUGAUUGCAUCACAAUACCAGACAGCCAUUGUGAGUGUUCCUGUGAGUUUACCAGUUAAAUGGCCAGGGUUAGAGCUUCCAAGCCCGUUCUAUUCAUUCUUAUUUCUAUGUGAUCCCCCCCCCCCCCCCCCCAAUUCAAAAUGGCAGACAAUCAGGUUUGUUCUAUAGAAAAUGUUUUUAUGUGACUAGCUCCCCUCGUUUUUGUUACCUAUCUUGUCCUUUCUACAUGUUUCCCUCAAUGAGCCUGCUGACUUACUAGGUGUGAAUAGGUUAGUUAUGUGGUGGAAAGGUCAGAUUGGUUAGUUCUUUUAGUGAGUUUCUACACACCACUGCACUACCACCUUUAAAGUUAUCUUCCUCCAUUUCCUCUUCUCAGAUCCGUUUGCCCUAAAGAGGAAUGUUGCCCGCAGCCUAAACAGUCAGAUGGUCUUUGAGUACGUCCAGGAGCGCUUCCGUACCACCUACAAAUACUUUGCCUGCCCGCAGAGCAAGGACAGGGACACAGGAGGGCGCCAGAGAGGCAAGAAGACGUGCAAACAUGGCGACAUGAAACCGGAGAAAGGAGACAGAAAGGGAGGAGAAGAGGUGGCUGAGAAGAGUGGAGGUGGAGAGAGCAAUGGGAAGGAAGGGAACAGUCAGAGCUCUGAGACAGGACAGAAGGAGGAUGAUGAGGCUGAAAGUGAUGAAGAGGACAGAGCAGAGAGGGCAUUAAACGCUGGCCUUAUGGACUUGGUCCUCAGUGAGGGGGACAGUUCUACAGAUGGGGCUGGAGCUGAGCCUGGCGCUACCCUGGAGCAUUCCUCUGCCUCCCCCUCGCCCCAGAACGGCCUGCUGGACAGUGAUGAAGAGGAGGAUAAGCAUGUGUCAGAGAAGCAGGGACAUAUUUCACCAGAGGACCUGCAUUAUAUAUUUGACAGGAUGAUCUUCACAGGAGGAAAGGUACCUGUACAAAAUGCUUUUUUGAUUGUUUUGAAUUGGAUAAUGAAAAUUCUAGACUUGCUUUGACAGAGGUUUUUAGUAUAAGUUCCAGAAUUAAGUUCACAGGCUUUGCUUUCCAACAGGUCAGUCAUCUUUAUUUAAUUAUCUCCCCUGCAGCCUCCUACGGUCGUGUGUAGCAUCUGUAAGAGAGAUGGCCAUCUGAAGGACGAUUGUCCUGAGGACUUCAAGAAGAUCGAGCUCAAACCGCUGCCUCCCAUGACUGACCGCUUCAGAGACAUCCUGGAUGGCCUUUGUAGACUCUGCUACCGUAAGUCAUCUGCUGAUUAACAUUAUUCUGCCAUCUUGGAAGGAGUUUGUUUGAGUGAUUUUGUCCAAACAUAUCUUCUAUAUUAUGGAGCUAAGACAUGUCUUGAACACUACACUGGUAAAACCUGUAUAUAGACUUCACAUGCACAAAUGGGAAUACUCAAGCACGCUAAAUAUAAUUUUUCUGAUGUCUGUGUUUGUAGAUGAGCUGUCCCCCUCUCUUGGAGAGCAGCAGAAGAGAGAACAGAUCAUGGGUAGUCUGGAGAGGUUUAUACGAAAGGAAUACAAUGGUACCUACAGAUGACUAAAUUGCAUAUGUAACAGCAGUGCACAGGAAUAUGGAACUUACAAUACUGUGUAGUACCACCUCAGUAUGGUAUUAUAAAUCUUCUAUGAUAUCAUCCUACAGACAAGGCCCAGCUGUGUUUGUUUGGUUCCUCCAAGAAUGGCUUUGGUUUCCGUGACAGCGACCUGGACAUCUGCAUGACCUUGGAGGGCCACGACACCGGAGAGGUACGUGGACUCACUGACUGGUGGACAUUUUGACAUUUUAAUUUGAAACUCUUUCCUGCAGUUCUUUGUCUCCCCAGUCAUUCUGAUAUGUAUAUCUGUCUACCCCUCUACUCAACAGAAGUUGAACUGCAAAGAGAUAAUUGAAGACCUAGCCAAGGUGCUGAAGAGAAACACAGGUAAGAGAGCACAUUACAUUGACUCCUUUCAGGAUGCAUGGUUUGACUGCUUGUUAUGAGUACAGACAGUCAUAUUUUGUGACUUGGUGAUUGCUUGUUUGGUGAUUGAUUACCUGUGUUUUCCUCUGUCAGGUCUGAGGAACAUCCUGCCUAUUACAACAGCCAAAGUGCCUAUUGUGAAGUUUGAACACAGACAGAGUGGACUGGAGGCAGAUAUCAGCCUCUACAAUACUCUUGUGAGUAAACUGAGAUAAUUUGCAAUCACAAAGUGUACUUAACAUUACUGAUCGCCAUAACAAGGACUGGUAAGGGACAGAGAACUAUCAUUGGGUAACAGGUAUUUUGUAAGUAAAGCUAAGUUGCUGUUAUCAGUGUAAUUGUGUACUAGCCGUCUGUAUGGAUUCAUUGGCAUCUGUCCUCUCUUCCAGGCUCAACACAACACCAGAAUGCUGGCUACCUACGCUGCUGUAGACCCUCGCGUGCAGUUCCUGGGAUACACCAUGAAGGUGUUUGCAAAGCGCUGUGACAUAGGUGACGCGUCCAGAGGAAGUCUGUCGUCCUACGCCUACAUCCUCAUGGUGUUAUACUUCCUGCAGCAGAGACAGCCCCCCAUCAUCCCUGUUCUCCAAGAGGUACUGUUCACUUACCCUCUGUUAACCCUUUUAACAAGCACAUCCUGUUCUAGCCUGUCUGUAGGGAUGUAGCUGACACCAACAGAACCCGCUGAAAGUCUUUGUAAAAGCAAUUUGAAAAGCUUUAGGAAAUAACCCAAUUUCGACCUGUUCCUUAGAUCUUUGACGGACACACUGUACCACAGAGGAUGGUGGAUGGUUGGAAUGCCUUCUUCUGUGAUGACCUUGAGGAACUGGUGAGUUGUUAAGUCAUCAACGCAACUGAAUGUAACAAAUCCUACACACGUCUGCCUCUCCUGAAUGAUGACCUUGAAUAAGCUUGUUGUUUUGCUUACUAGUCAUUGUAGUCAAAAGCAUUCUCUAAAAGAGUUCUGAAGAUGAUAAAGCUCACUGUCCCUUGUCCACCCUCGUAGCGUCGUCGUCUGCCAGAGCUGCAGCAGAACCGUGAGUCUGUGGGGGAGCUGUGGCUGGGCCUGCUCAGGUUCUACACCGAGGAGUUUGACUUUAAGGAGCACGUCAUUAGCAUCCGCCAGAGGAAACGACUCACCACCUUCGAGAAGCAGUGGACCUCAAAGUGCAUUGCUAUCGAAGGUAGUGAAACUAUCCUACUCACUCACAUGGUUGUGAUGAUGAAGGGACCGAUUGAUCACCGAUUUACUUUUGUUUGUUCCUUAGAUCCCUUUGACUUGAAUCACAAUCUUGGUGCUGGAGUUUCUCGCAAAAGUAAGUGAACUAUGUCUCCUAAGUAGGGUUGCAAAAUUUCAGGAACUUUCAAUGAAUCCUCCACCAAGGAUUUCUGGAAAAUCACAGAAUUUAUUGAAAGUUAUCCUUAUCAGGCCAAGUAUGUAAUCUACAUCAGUACUUUAGUGAUUAUGGUCUGUGCUCUCUGUAGUAUUUCAGUGAUCCCCAACACAUCCCUUCUCUGUGUCUCCUCAGUGACUAACUUCAUCAUGAAGGCCUUUAUCAACGGCAGGAAGCUGUUUGGUACUCCCUUCUACCCCCAGCCUGGCUUGGAGGCGGUAUGGCACACACUAUAUAUAGGGCUGUAUUCAGAGUGCUGAUAUAAGAUCAUUUUUGCCCUUUAAAUGUUCAUGAACAAGAGGGGGACCUGAUCCAAGAUCUGCACUCUGAGACACAGUGUAAAUAUAGGCAUUGUUGCCCUGGCUGUACAGACACUGUCUAUAGAAGACCUGUUCUCAUCUCUAACAUUGUUUCUUCUGUGGUGCAGUACUACUUCUUUGACUCCAAGGUGCUAACGGACGGGGAGCUGGCACCUAAUGACAGGUGCUGUCGGGUCUGUGGCAAGAUCGGCCAUUACAUGAAGGACUGCCCCAAGAGACGCAGGUACACUGGGAGAGAAUAUCAGUGAGUUUUUUCGGAACUAGUGUGUGUGUGUGUGUUUAGCAGACCUGGUUUCAAAUACUAUUUUAAAUAUUUCAAGUACUUUGAGCUUUUGCUUUAGCUUGCCUGGCCAGGUGGGAGGAGUUUGCACUUUUGAUACUUUUUUUUCUAUUGGUUCUGUUGCAAGACAAGCUCAAUCAAGCACAGAUGCAGUAUUUGAAAUGAUUUAUAAUAGUCUUUGAACCUAGGUCAAGUGGUGGCUGCAUGUUUGAGUGCGCUAAUCCUCUGCUUGUGUGUGUGUGUUUGUCCGAACAGGGGGAUGAGGAAGAAGGAGAAGGAGGAGGAUGUGAAGGAGGGAGACGAACAUGAGCCGCGGGAGCGUCGCUGUUUCCAGUGUGGUGACAUAGGUCAUGUACGGAGGGACUGCCAAGAGUACCGUCAUCUUAGACAGAGAGCUUCAGGGGGACCAGGUACGCACACACACACACACCUGAUCUGGAAAUGGAACUGGGAGGGACCUACCUGAAUUUGUCGAAUAGAAACUCCUGUUUCCGUUGGCAAAACAUUUUCCAUUUGGAGUAAACUGUUUCCGUUGUAAAAGGUUUUGCAACUGUUUGCUACAGUCUUCUUCUAAUAAUUACACCUCUGGGGUGAAUUCAUUACGGAAACAGUUUACCAUUUGAGAACCAAACGGAAGCAAACAGAGCAAAACAAGAGUUUCUAUUGGACAAAUUCAGGUAGGAAUGUAACGAUUCACCGAUACGCAUCGGUCCCCAAUUCAAAUGUUUAAGAUACAAGUGCAUCGGUCCACGGACCCCAAACCGAUCCAAAUGUAGCAUGCAUCGGUCGGAUGUAAUUUAGUUUAUCUAUGCGCUGGUUUAACUUCCUUUUAUUCCGGUUUUGGAGACACAACUGGCUAUAUGUCUACCUGCUGAACGAGGCUUACAAUAGAUGUUAUUUUGAUUGUUCAGGUUCACCAUCAGCAAUAUUUUUGGUAGUUUUGCUUUAAACAAUCAGUGUAUAUGGUCAUUUUUUUAUACACAGGGUAAAGUUAAUUAUUUCAUAACGAGGACAGCAAUCACUUUUGCGAGGCACACUGCAUGGCCAAAACUAGAGGAGAAGGGAAGAUCAAUCUGUAAAAACGGUCAAAACCAUUUGAUUUUGAGAUGGGGGGUGAAAUCCAAAGUUGUGCUAUAUAUUCAUUGGCUAUGUCAUAGCUAAUUUGUAAAUGAUAAAUAUUGAUACAUUAAAAGCUCAAACAUUAAUCUGCAAAAAUAACAAACUCAGACAGAUCCAGCUCUGAGAGUCCCAGCUCAUGAGCUCCAGCAGCAGCUUUUUAUUUAGAAUGGAAAAUGAAUGUGUUUAUGCAACAAAUGUUAGUGUAUCAGAUCGUAUUACGUUGAAUCGCAUCGAUUCGUUCUCUAAUCAAACCGAAUGGCACCGAAUCGUUUCAAACUAAAACGUAUCGUAUUAUCGUAUCGGAGCCCAUGUACAGGAUCUAAUUGUUGAUUUUAAAGCCCUGUAUUUUGUCAUGACUACUACUGCCCAGCAGAGGGCAGCAGUGGCUCAUUGACUGAGUGAUGUGAUAGUUUGCUUCCAUUUCCUCCAGUUCCCCACAUGGUGCAAGCCAUGGUGAGCUCCCAGUCCAUCCCCAUCCCCCAGCCUCCACAGGACCGCCCCGGACGCACCAGACAACCCUCUGAAUGUGUGAGUACAACAGGGCGUUGUCUGUCUCUCCCUUAGCCUCCCUAACCAUGUUCAAACAUGCUGCAGCUAGCUUCUUGAUGUAUCACUACAGACCUGUAUGUAUAGUGAUGCCUUUUUAAUUGAUUUCUCUCUUUCCCUUCCGGUCUUUUUCCCUUCCUGUCUUUCCCGCUACAUCCUUACCCUGCCCCCCCCCCAGUCUGAUUCCCACCAUACUCCGCCCUAUUCCCCCCAGCCCAACCCGUUCUCCCAGGGUUCCAGCCAAUCCUCCAGCUCCCCCCAAUCCUCCUCCAAGACCUCCGCUGGAGGGGGACCCCCCAAGCAGCCCCAACACCCCCAGGUUCCCCUCUCUCUCUUCGGCUUCCCUCCCUCCCACCCGGGCCAGUACCACCACUCUGCAGCUCUCACUGCUCUGGGACUGCUGCCGUCCCACCACAACCAACACCAGCACCAGUCACAUCAGUCCCAGGGGCACCAGGCCCAUCACCAACACCACCACCCCUCCAACUCCUGGCCCAUCCACGGCCCCAUCCUCCAGACUUCCAGCGGCCCUGGAGGGCCCUCCCCGCCCGGCCUCAAAUUCCCUCCGCGCCAGGCCCCUGGGCCAGGGAACGGGAACAUAGGGCCAGGGGGAUCUUCGGGGGGUGGCAGCCCUAGCCCUAUGAACCUAAAUGACCCCAGCAUCAUCUUCGCCCAGCCGGCGGGGAGGCCCAUGGGCCUGGGAGGAGGGCGGGGACGGGACGGGCACUGGCACAACCACCUGGCACAACAGGGGGCAUUGGUGGCUAAUGGCACUGUGGGCAAGUCAGGUACACACUGGGUGGCACUGUCUCUGUCUGUCUGUCUCUGCUAGUUGUCGGAACAGUCAGCCUUUGUCUGACUAACUGGUCAGAUUCUGUCCUUGUCUUUAGCAGUAACUGUCUGUUUCCUUGUUAAUGGUGCUGAUUGUGUGGUCAGGUAAGAGACACUGGUGGUUUUGGGCUACACACUUAAUUCACUGUGCACUUAAACUGGUGCUGGGACAGAAGGAUGAUAUCAAAUUAUUGUGGUUGGCUGAGUAGUUCCUUGUUUCAAUUUUCCAACGAUGUUUUGUUGACCAAAUGUAAUGCUCUCCCUCCAUCCAUCCAACCAUUCCUCCCUCCUCCCUCUCCCUGCAGACCCAGGCUACAAGACCCAGUUCGGGGGUGUGAGCCAGCAGGGUUCUAGGACCUGGGAGCACAGCAACACGGCCCACUACUCCCUGUCCCCGUCCUGGCCUUACCGCAUGCCACAGAACUUCAUCCAGCAGGGCAACGGGGGUUACCCACAACCCGGCAAGCCCUUCAUGUCCCAAGGUAAGAGGCUCGGAGAGAGAGAGAGAUGCGGAUUAGAGUUAUUCACAGUUUCAACUGUAAUUAGGCUUCUCCAAGCUCUGAUGCUGCUGAUGGUCAUUAGUAGCCUACCAAACUUGUUAACUGCCUGGUACUCAGCACUCUAUUGUCCCUCUAAUCACUCUGACAUCAAUGCAAAUGUCUUCGAAAAUCUAAUCAAACACUUCAUGAGAGCCAAUGAGCUCAUGUUGCGCAACAUUUCUAUAGGCUAUACAAUUGCGUAAGAAAACGGAGUGAUGGCCUCUACUGAAAAGAGGAGGAUCAGCUUUCUAUAAGCUAGGCCUACUAUAUUUAUUUACAAACUUUCCUAAUAUUAAGCACAUUGCUUCUCUUUACAACAGGAGUAUAGCCUACCUGGCUGGCAUGAAAAUAAACCACAGGGAAAAGCGUCCUCCAUUUGCUAUUUAAGUGCAUAGAUUACAUGUAUUCUUUCCGGCUGCCCCUGUUUCGAUACAGGUGCAUGAUAAUGGUCCCUUUUUAAAUCAAAAAUGUAAACAUAUAGGCCAAUGUUUUGUAGAACAACUAAAGUUACAUUAAUAUCUCUGAAUUAAGCAUAUAGGAGUACCUAUUUCUUUGUCAACUGCUCAACACAGAAUAGCCGGAUGUGCGCACUCCAUCAAAUCGUUUGGAGAAAAUAGAAAAAUUGUAUUCUUCAUACUAUAAAAUAAUGCCACGGAAUUCAAAGCAAAUCUUGUCUGCUAAAUGAACUAGUGUAGCCCACAGCCAUUUUUGCAUAGCCAGAUCAGGACCUAACAUAAUCUGUUCUUCUGAAAUAGACUACAUUUUCUUAAUAUCAUGCUUCUUUAGACCUGUCUAAAAUAAAUAAUGGAUUUAUUGUGAAGGUGUAGGCUAUAUUACAUGGAUUUAUUAGACUUUUGAAAAUGUAGAUGUUUGGAAGUCAGGAGAUGCAAAAUGUGUUUGUUAAUUAACGGUCAAUUACCGUGAGACCGACAUUUAUUUGCUUGACAAUCACCGGCUGACGAAAUUUCGUGACCUCCACAGCCCUAGGUGUGGUAUGCCUAUUAAGUUUAGGUACUGCAGGCCUAUGAAGGUGAACUUGAGUUGAGGAAGAAUGUUUUAUGCCUACCAGAGUUAGUCCUUUUAAUCUAACAAUAUAAUGCUUAUCUUUAUAAAAUAUAUUCUGAUCAAAAAUUUACGAAUUAGGCAACUGCGUCUGCUAUAUAUACACACACACACACACACACACACACACACAGUGGGGAGAACAAGUAUUUGAUACACUGCCGAUUUUGCAGGUUUUCCUACUUACAAAGCAUGUAGAGGUCUGUCAUUUUUAUCAAAAAUCCAGAAAAUCACAUUGUAUGAUUUUUGAGUCAUUUAUUUGCAUUUUAUUGCAUGACAUAAGUAUUUGAUAAAGCAGAACUUAAUACACUGCUCAAAAAAAUUAAGGGAACACUUAAACAACACAUCCUAGAUCUGAAUGAAUGAAAUAAUCUUAUUAAAUUCUUUUUUCUUUACAUAGUUGAAUGUGCUGACAACAAAAUCACACACAAAUUAUCAAUGGAAAUCAAAUUUAUCAACCCAUGGAGGUCUGGAUUUGGAGUCACCCUCGAAAUUAAAGUGGAAAACCACACUACAGGCUGAUCCAACUUUGAUGUAAUGUCCUUAAAAAAAGUCAAAAUGAGGCUCAGUUGUGUGUGUGUGUGGCCUCCACGUGCCUGUAUGACCUCCCUACAACGCCUGGGCAUGCUCCUGAUGAGGUGGCGGAUGGUCUCCUGAGGGAUCUCCUCCCAGACCUGGACUAAAGCAUCCGCCAACUCCUGGACAGUCUGUGGUGCAACGUAGCGUUGGUGGAUGGAGCGAGACAUGAUGUCCCAGAUGUGCUCAAUUGGAUUCAGGUCUGGGGAACGGGCGGGCCAGUCCAUAGCAUCAAUGCCUUCCUCUUGCAGGAACUGCUGACACACUCCAGCCACAUGAGGUCUAGCAUUGUCUUGCAUUAGGAGGAACCCAGGGCCAACCGCACCAGCAUAUGGUCUCACAAGGAGUCUGAGGAUCUCAUCUCGGUACCUAAUGGCAGUCAGGCUACCUCUGGCGAGCACAUGGAGGGCUGUGCGGCCCCCCAAAGAAAUGCCACCCCACACCAUGACUGACCCACCGCCAAACCGGUCAUGCUGGAGGAUGUUGCAGGCAGCAGAACGUUUUCCACGGCGUCUCCAGACUCUGUCACGUCUGUCACAUGUGCUCAGUGUGAACCUGCUUUCAUCUGUGAAGAGCACAGGGCGCCAGUGGUUCUCUGGCAAAUGCCAAACGUCCUGCACGGUGUUGGGCUGUAAGCAGAACCGCCACCUGUGGACGUCGGGCCCUCAUACCACCCUCAUGGAGUCUGUUUCUGACCGUUUGAGCAGACACAUGCACAUUUGUGGCCUGCUGGAGGUGAUUUUGCAGGGCUCUGGCAGUGCUCCUCCUGCUCCUCCUUGCACAAAGGCGGAGGUAGCGGCCCUGCUGCUGGGUUGUUGCCCUCCUACGGCCUCCUCCACGUCUCCUAAUGUACUGGCCUGUCUCCUGGUAGCGCCUCCAUGCUCUGGACACUACGCUGACAGACACAGCAAACCUUCUUGCCACAGCUCGCAUUGAUGUGCCAUCCUGGAUGAGCUGCACUACCUGAGCCACUUGUGUGGGUUGUAGACUCGGUCUCACGCUACCACUAGAGUGAAAGCACCGCCAGCAUUCAAAAGUGACCAAAACAUCAUCCAGGAAGCAUAGGAACUGAGAAGUGGUCUGUGGUCACCACCUACAGAACCACUUCUUUAUUGAGGGUGUCUUGCUAAUUGCCUAUAAUUUCCACCUGUUGUCUAUUCCAUUUGCACAACAGCAUGUGACAUUUAUUGUCAAUCAGUGUUGCUUCCUAAGUGGACAGUUUGAUUUCACAGAAGUGUGAUUGACUUGGAGUUACAUUGUGUUGUUUAAGUGUUCCCUUUAUUUUUUUGAGCAGUGUAUUUGGUACAGAAACCUUUGUUUGCAAUUACAGAGAUCAUACGUUUCCUGUAGGUCUUGACCAGGUUUGCACACACUACUGCAGGGAUUUUGGCCCACUCCUCCAUACAGACCUUCUCCAGAUCCUUCAGGUUUCGGGGCUGUCGCUGGGCGAUACUGACUUUCAGCUCCCUCCAAAGAUUUUCUAUUGGGUUCAGGUCUGGAGACUGGCUAGGCCACUCCAGGACCUUGAGAUGCUUCUUACGGAGCCACUCCUUAGUUGCCCUGGCUGUGUGUUUUGGGUCGUUGUCAUGCUGGAAGACCCAACCACGACCCAUCUUCAAUGCUCUUACUGACGGAAGGAGGUUGUUGGCCAAGAUCUCGCGAUACAUGGCCCCAUCCAUCCUCCCCUCAAUACGGUGCAGUUGUCCUGUCCCCUUUGCAGAAAAGCAUCCCCAAAGAAUGAUGUUUCCACCUCCAUGCUUCACGGUUGGGAUGGUGUUCUUGGGGUUGUACUCAUCCUUCUUCUUCCUCCAAACACGGCGAGUGGAGUUUAGACCAAAAAUCUCUAUUUUUGUCUCAUCAGACCCCAUGACCUUCUCCCGUUCCUCCUCUGGAUCAUCCAGAUGGUCAUUGGCAAACUUCAGACGGGCCUGGACAUGCGCUGGCUUGAGCAGGGGGACCUUGCGUGCGCUGCAGGAUUUUAAUCCAUGACGGCGUAGUGUGUUACUAAUGGUUUUCUUUGAGACUGUGGUCCCAGCUCUCUUCAGGUCAUUGACCAGGUCCUGCCGUGUAGUUCUGGGCUGAUCCCUCACCUUCCUCAUGAUCAUUGAUGCCCCACGAGGUGAGAUAUUGCAUGGAGCCCCAGACCGAGGGUGAUUGACCGUCAUCUUGAACUUCUUCUAUUUUCUAAUAAUUGCGCCAACAGUUGUUGCCUUCUCACCAAGCUGCUUGCCUAUUGUCCUGUAGCCCAUCCCAGCCUUGUGCAGGUCUACAAUUUUAUCCCUGAUGUCCUUACACUGCUCUCUGGUCUUGGCCAUUGUGGAGAGGUUGGAGUCUGUUUGAUUGAGUGUGUGGACAGGUGUCUUUUAUACAGGUAACAACUUCAAACGGGUGCAGUUAAUACAGGUAAUGAGUGGAGAACAGGAGGGCUUCUUAAAGAAAAACUAACAGGUCUGUGAGAGCUGGAAUUCUUACUGGUUGGUAGGUGAUCAAAUACUUGUCAUGCAAUAAAAUGCAAAUUAAUUACUUAAAAAUCAUACAAUGUGAUUUUCUGUUUUAGAUUCCAUCUCUCACAGUUGAUGUGUACCUAUGAUAAAAAUUACAGACCUCUACAUGCUUUGUAAGUAGGAAAACCUGCAAAAUCGGCAGUGUAUCAAAUACUUGUUCUCCCCUCUGUAUAUAUAUCUCUAUCUCUCUCUCUGACAAGGAUUAAAAAAAUGUCUGUCGGGAACAUAGCGCCGGCAUACCGGUCUCUCUAGAGCUAGGCCUAAGCUUGUCUCUUUUUAAUAUGUAUUUGUAAAAUAUUAAUAAAAUACAGUGGACGCCUAGGCCUAUAGGCUUGCAAUGCCCUGAUGCAGUUAUCGCUCAAAUCUCUGCCAGCUGAACCGUAAGGUAAACAACUUUUAUGGGCCUCCCGAGUAGCGCGCAGCGGUCUAAGGCACUACAUCGCAGUGUUAGAGGCGUCACUACAGCUCCGGGUUCGAUCCCGGGCUGUGUCGCAGCGACCGAGAGACCCAUGAGGCGGCGCACAAUUUGCCCAAUGUCGUCCGGGUUAGGGGAGGGUUUGGCCGGCUGGGAUGUCCUUGUCCCAUCACGCUCUAGCGACUCCUUGUGGCGGCCUGCACGCUGACUUCGGUCGCCAGCUGUACGGUGUUUCCUCCGACACAUUGGUGCGGCUGGCUUCCGGGUUAAGCGGGCAGUGUUUCAAGAAGCAGUGCGGCUUGGCGGUCGUAUUUCAGAGGACACAUGGCUCUCGACCUUCGCCUCUCCCGAGUCCGUACGGGAGUUGCAGUGAUGGGACAAGACUGUAAUUACCAAUUGGAUAUCACAAAAUUGGGGAGAAAAAUGAGUAAAAAGUAACCCCCCCCCCCCCCCCAAUUUUUUAAAAUAAAAUACAAACAUACAUACAUACAUACAUACAUACAUACAUACAUACAUACAUACAUACAUACAUACACAAAGGUUUUAGAACACCUACUCAUUCAAGGGGUUUUCUUUAUUUGUACUAUUUUCUACAUUGUAGAAUAAUGGUGAAGACAUCAAAACUAUGAAAUAACACAUGGAAUCAUGUAGUAACCAAAAAAGUGUUAAACAAAUCAAAAUAUGUUUUAUAUUUGAGAUUCUUCAAAUAGCCACCCUUUGCCUUGAUGACAAUUUACACACUCUUGGCAUUCUCUCAACCAGCUUCAUGAGGUAGUCACCUGGAAUGCAUUUCAAUUAAACAGGUGUGCCUUCUUAAAAGUUAAUUUGUGGAAUGUAUUUCCUUCUUAAUGUGUUUGAGCCAAUCAGUUGUGUUGUGACAAGGUAGGGGGGUUAUACAGAAGAUAGCCCUAUUUGGUAACUUUGAAAGUUUCUUCAAGUGCAGUCACAAAACCAUCAAGCGCUAUGAUGAAACUGGCUCUCAUGAGGACCGCCACAGGAAUGGAAGACCCAGAGUUACCUCUGCUGCAGAGGAUAAGUUUGUUAGUUACCAGUCUCAGAAAUUGCAGCCCAUAUAAAUGCUUCGCAGAGUUCAAGUAACAGACACAUCUCAACAUCAACUGUUCAGAGGAGACUGUGUGAAUCAGGCCUGCAUGGUCAAAUUGCUGCAAAGAAACCACUACAAAAGGACACCAAUAAUAAGAAGAGACUUGCUUGGGCCAAGAAACACGACCGGUGGAAAUUUGUCCUUUGGUCUGGAGUCCAAAUUGGAUUUUUUGGGUUCCAACUGCCAUGUGUUUGUGAGACGCAGUGUAGGUGAACGGAUGAUCUCCGCAUGUGUAGUUCCCACCGUAAAGCAUGGAGGUGGUGUUAUGGUGUGGGGGUGCUUUGCUGGUGACACUGUCUGUGAUUUAUUUAGAAUUCAAGGCACACUUAACCAGCAUGGCUACCACAGCAUUCUGCAGCGAUACGCCAUCCCAUCUGUUUUGGGCUUAGUGGGACUAUCAUUUGUUUUUCAACAGGACAAUGACCCAACACACCUCCAGGCUGUGUAAGGGCUAUUUUACCAAGAAGGAGAGUGAUGGAGUGCUGCAUCGGAUGACCUGGCCUCCACAAUCCCCCGAGCUCAACCAAAUUGAGAUGAGUUGGACCGCAGAGUGAAGGAAAAGCAGCCAACAAGUGCUCAGCAUAUGUGGGAACUCCUUCAAGACUGUUGGAAAAGCAUUCCAGGUGAAGCUGGUUGAGAGAAUGCCAAGAGUGUGCAAAGCUGUCAUCAAGGCAAAGGGGAGCUACUUUGAAGACUCAAAUAUAUAAUGUUUUGAUUUGUUUAAUACUUUGGUUACUACAUGAUUCCAUAUGUGUUAUUUCAUAGUUUUGAUGUCUUCACUAUUAUUCUACAAUGUGAAAAUAAAGGAAAAACCAUUUGAAUGAGUAGGUGUUCUAAAACUUUUCACCAGUUGUAUGUGUGUGUGUGUAUGUAUAUACACUACCGUUCAAGUUUGGGGUCACUUAGAAAUGUCCUUGUAUUCGAAAGAAAAGCAAUUUUUUUGUCCAUUUUAAAAUAACAUCAAAUUGAUCAGAAAUACAGUGUAGACAUUGUUAAUGUUGUAAAUGGCUAUUGUAGCUGGUCCUCAACUGGCAGCUUCAUUAAAUAGUACCCGCAAAACACCAGUCUCAACGUUAACAGUGAAGAUGCGACUCCGGGAUGCUGACCUUCUAGGCAGAGUUGCAAAGAAAAAGUCCAGUGUUCUUUUUCUCAUCUUAAUCUUUUAUUUUUAUUGGCCAGUCUGAGAUAUGGCUUUUUCUUUGCAACUCUGCCUACAAGGUCAGCAUCCCGGAGUCACAUCUUCACUGUUGACGUUGAGACUGGUGUUUUGCGGGUACUAUUUAAUGAAGCUGCCAGUUUAGGACCUGUGAGGCGUCUUUCUCAAACUAGACACUAAUGUAUUUGUCCUCUUGCUCAGUUGUGCACCGGGGCCUCCCACUCCUCUUUCUAUUCUGGUUAGAGACAGUUUAAGUAUGAAAAUGUAUGCACUCACUUAACUGUAAGUCGCUCUGGAUAAGAGCGUCUGCUAAAUGACUAAAAUGUAAGAUGUAAUCGAACCCACAAUUGCUGAUGCUCCAGAUACUCAACUAGUCUCAAGAAGGCCAGUUGUAUUGCUUCUUUAAUCAGCACAACACUGUUCAGCUGUGCUAACAUAAUUGCAAAAGGGUUUUCUAAUGAUCAAUUAGCCUUUUAAAAUGAUAAACUUGGAUUAGCAAACACAACGUGCCAUUGGAACACAGGACUGAUGCUUGCUGAUAAUGGGCCUCUGUACGCCUAUGUAGAUAUUCCAUAAAAAAUCAGCCAUUUCCAGCUACAAUAGCCAUUUACAACAUUAACAAUGUCUACACUGUAUUUCUGAUCAAUUUGAUGUUAUUUUAAUAGACACAAAAUUUGCUUUUCUUUCGAAAAAAAUGACAUUUUGUAAGUGACCCCAAACUUUUGAAUGGUGGUGUGUAUUUAUUAGGAAAGUAUAGUCCAUUGUUUUGAAUAUGCUACACGUCAAAACACAACUAAUAGUUUUUUGUAAUUUUUUGUAGGCAGUUUUUAAAGACACUUAACUGUAGUUCAUUUGGCCAAUAUUGCUUGUUUAUUGCAUAUCUGGUGGGGUGGGAAAGCCACCGAUCCAUUUCGGAACGGCUUCAACUUUCAGACCAGAGAAGACCUCUAAUACGGAUACGGGCAGGAGAGGCGUUCUGCUAGGACAUGUACUGCAGACUCUUAGGAUGCCACCUCUCAUUUAGUAUCAUUUGUAGUACUUCAUUGAUUGGUCUAAUCUAAAUAAUUCUCCCCUUCGAUCUUACAAAAAUGCCCCUACAGUAGUUAACUUUACUUCCUUCUUUGUCUUGGCCUCACCCCAGGUUCUGUGGUGCACCCCAAUCAGCAUUACCCGCUCCUCCCCCACGGACGACAUCACGUCAACCUCAACUACAUCCAGCAGAAGAAAUGA